UGAGACCUCCUUCUAUUCGCGCGUUCUUUUCGAGUUUUCUGUUUCUCUUAUAAACAAUAUGAGUGAAAAUACAGCGACAAUUAGGACCCGAAAGUUCUUAACUAACCGCCUGCUUCAACGAAAGCAAAUGGUUGUGGAUAUAAUUCAUCCUGGUCGAGCAAAUGUGCCAAAGACAGAAAUUCGUGACAGGCUAGCCAAAAUGUACAAAACCACUGCCGAUGUAAUUUUUUGUUUUGGAUUCAAAACGCAAUUUGGUGGAGGUCGUAGUACUGGAUUUGCUCUUAUAUAUGACAAUCUUGAUAUUGCUAAAAAAACUGAACCCAAGUACAGAUUGGUCAGGCAUGGUCUGAUGGAAAAGGCCAAAACUGCACGCAAACAACUUAAAGAAAAGAAAAACAGGAUGAAAAAAGUUCGUGGUAUAAAGAAAGCAAAAGUAGGAACAGGGAAAAAGUAAUGGUCCAUUUUGGCAAAUAUUGCUUGUAAUUGUUCUCAAUUAAAAUUAUGAAAAUCUCCUUA